GUUACCGUGGCAACGAGCAACAAACGAAGUGGACGGCAGUGCGUUCAUCGGUGAAUUUAGGAGAAAGUUCUGUGAAUACGCCGACAAUUCAUCUACAGAGUGGUCAAUUCUGCUUAUAAGCGAUUCUAAAAUGACAGCCAUUCAGUUUCCCCAGAGAAAAAGGAGGUUCAAGACCAGUGAACCUCUGCCUUGCAAUCUUAAACUCGUUUUCAAGGAGGAGAAGCCACGAAGGGUGACUCCAUCUGUUUAUACCCAGGAGAUGUUACAGUCUACGGAGGAGCGCCUGGCUAACACCAAUGAGGUGCAACCACCCCGUAUCCUGGAGCUGCUUGACAUGAGCAUGACGACACAUCACAAACUGUCUCUGGUAGAUACCGACCUGCCGCUUUUUCAGCCCUUCCCAUCUGAGUUGGUUUUCCAGAACUUCACUCAAGCACACACCUACAAGUUACCUCUACUGCUUCUCAACAAUGACAAGGUUUCCCGUCAUGUGAAGGUGAAGCAGCAGGAUUCUGAGUUUUUCCAUGUGGUUGGUCCAGAGGAUGGAGGGAGCAAGGUCGCACCAGGAUUGUCUGCUACUUUCACUGUUUUCUUCACCCCUCAGGAGAACAAGGAUUACCACCACAGUUUCGUUUGUGUGACAGAGAGAGAACGGUUUGAGGUCCCAGUCCGAGCAGUAGGGCCACGUGCCAUUCUUGACUUUCGUGAUGAGUUCCAUUUACCUGUCUGUCCAGUGAAAACCUCCACACAGAGGACACACCUAGUCCGCAACAUAGGGAAUUGUGAAUCCAGGUUCACGCUUCACACGCAGAGGCCCUUCUCAGUGACGCCCUCUGCUGGUACCCUGGAUGUAGGAGAGGGUAUGCAGGUGACUGUGGAUUUCAACCCUAUGACUGUAGGAGAGCACAGCCAGGAUCUGCUUCUGCACUACCACACUGGUGAAGAUGUCUACAUCGGCCUGUAUGGGGUCUGUGAGGAGGUUAACGUCCAUCUUGACCCUGACUUUGUGCUGCUGCAAAAGACUUACAUUUCCUUGGCCAGUAUCCAAACCGUGUCCCUCAUUAACAAGAGUGAGAUACCUCUACAGUACUGUUGGACUACAUGGCCCAGCCUGCAAGAAGAGGCCCUGGACUUAUUGAGGGGCAGCUCAGCGCUCCAGCAGAGGGAGGAGGAGGAGAAGGAGCAAUUACUUUAUCAGUGUGAGUCUGAUCCGACAGCGAUCCAUCGCCUCCCGCUGCUGUCCAGAGCCUUGCAGGAACACAGAAGCCAGGCUGUGAAGGACCACCUCCUGUCCCUCUCACAUAGCUGCAUAACUGUGGAACCAGCGGAGGGUGAAAUAUGGCCUGAUAUGACAGCACAGUUCAGGAUCGUCUUCAGGCCAGAGGAGGCCAAACUGUAUCAACAAACCAUUUAUUGUGAUGUUGCAGGCCGUGAAUCUCCCUUACCCCUAACAAUAAAGGGAGAGGGUAUGGGACCUAAACUUCAGCUCAACUGUAACCUGAUGGACAUGAAAAAUGUAUUCAUUGAUGACAAAGACAGAUAUGAGGUACUGCUGUCUAACACAGGACUGACUGAAGCCCCUUUCAGGUUGUCAAGCCCAGACACAACUUUUGGACGCUGUUUCUCCUUCAGUCCUGAGGAAGGCGUUAUUCCCUCUGGGGCCAACCAGAUUGUGACGGUGACCUUCCACAGUCAAAUCUUGGGGACUUUUUCUGAAGACUUGCUUCUAACUGUCACAGGACAGCCUCAACCACUUACCUUAACCUUCAGGGGUUGUGUCAUCGGUCCCACAUUCCAUUUCAAUAUUUCCGAGUUCAAUUUUGGAGAUGUAGUUUUUGGUUUCUCACAAACAUUGAUUUGUACCCUCUUCAACACCUCCUUUGUGCCCUUGAACUUUGCCCUGCGUGUCCUGGGAGAUGGAUCAGGGUCUCCAAGUGUGACUAGUUCCAGUUGGAAAGGUGGCACCACCAAAGACCUGCGUGCACAUCCUGUGGAGUUCACCAUCAGCCCUGCAGCAGGGUCUGUGCGUGCUAUGUCAGAUACCACCAUUAAGUUGACGCUGUGCUCCAACACAGUCAAGAGAUACCGGCUGGCGCUGGCGGUGGAUAUUGAGGGUGUUGGCGAGGGGAUCGUGACUCUGCCCAUCAUCGCCAGAUGUGUCGUCCCUGAUAUUGUGGUGGAAACUCCAACGUUGGACUUUCAGAGGUGUUUCCUGGAUCACCUCUACAAACAGAAAGUGCGACUGACCAACACCAGCUCUCUGCCUGCCUGCUAUGGCGUGCUUGACCAGGAAUAUGAAGAGAGCCCAUCACUGAUUUUCGGUAGUUCCACACCCAGAGGAAUUAUUCUUCCUCAUCGUUCAGAGGAGAUUCCUGUGUUCCUGCUGGCUAAGGCGGUUGGAAGACUGCAUCACACUCUACGCAUUGCGGUGUUUGGCAGCAUCAAGCCACCACUGGUGGUGUCCUUGUCAUGUGUCGGGCAGGGACCAAUAGUACAUGUUCUGAACCCACGAUUGGACUAUGGGACUAUACCGGUUCUGACGGACAUUACGAGAGCCCUGCACCUGUCAAACCAGUCACCUAUUCGAGCUCGCUUCACUGCACGAGUGUGCCAUAAAAAGCCCUUUUGGCGUGUUGAGCCCAGCGAGGGGGAGGUGCCCCCAGAGAGCCAGCUGGAGCUCAAGGUAGUAGCUCACCUUAAGGACACUCUUCUUUUCCAAGCGAGGCUGGAGGUAUCCAUCCAAGACAGUCAAACACACAGCAUCCCUCUGUCUGCUAAAGGCACUGGCACCACAAUUGUCAGUGACAGGCCUUUUGCGCCCAGCCUUGAGCUGGGCACUUACUUAAGCCAUGAGACAUGCCAGUAUCACUUCAAGCUCACCAACCAUGGCCAGCGAGUACACCGGCUGUACUGGAGCACAGAUGGAUUCCAACCCUCAACAAAAACCCGCAAGGGAGGAACCUUGUCUGGUCAAACCAUCCUGCCCCCAAUCUCUGCUCCCAGAAAGAAGGACACUCUGAACCUUACAUCUUUGCUCCCCUCCAGCAGAGAGCAGGCAGUGUUCAGCCUCAGCCCUGCUCGUGUGGAGCUUUUCCCAGGCUGCUCCGUUGACAUGGUGCUGACAGGAUCGUCUGACUCUCCCAAGGAUGUAAAGGAGCGGUUGGUGUGCCGUGGCAUUGUGGGUCAGCUGGGCUGUAACGAGCACAUCAUGUCUGUAGAUGUUACCUGUCGCUUUGUGGCUCCAAUGCUCAGCUUUUCUUCCAAACAGCUGAACUUCUACAUUCAGAAGGAUCCAGGACAGAAUCUGAUGCCCCUGUAUGAGAAGCUGAUCUUAAAGAACGUGUCCUCUCUCUCGCUCUCCAUGGAGCUCUCUCUCAUAGAGCCGUUCUCUUUGUGUGAGACCCCAGAAGCCCCCAGCUCUGAAACCACUAAGUCCAUGAUUUUAGGUGAUGGAGGCCAGGCUGAGUUGUGGGUGUGCUGUAAUCCAGCUUACUGUAAGGAUCGAGUGUCACAAACUGUGGAUCAGUUCCUUGAGGUACACUACCAUGGACACCCGCAGCAAGACAUGGUUGAGCUGCAUGCUGAAGUCCACUUUCCCAACCUCCACUUCGCCUCCACCACAGUGGAUUUUGGCUGUGUGCUUAACUGCACAGAGACUCAGAGAGUAAUCUUAGUCACCAACUACUCCCCACUGACUGUGUCCUACCAGUGGGCUUUCCUUGAGGACCAGAAACACUGCUCCAUCAGCUCAAGUGCUGGUGCAGAUGAUCAGAGCAGCACUCAGAGCCCACCUCGUGUGGAAGAGGUGUUUGAUGUCUCACCAGUAUACGGUCAUCUGCAGCCUGGAGACGAGCAGCUGGUCACGUUCUCUUUCUACGGCCACAAAAAUGUCCGCAGAGAGUUGAUCGCACAGUGCCACGUAGAGGAGGGGCCUACGUAUGAAAUCACACUCAGAGGAGAGGCAUCGGUGAUCAGCUACAGCCUUGACAUUCCCCACAUUGACUUUGGUCCGCUGCUUUUUGAUCAUGUAGGGGAGGCUGAGGUGACCCUAAGGAAUACUGGCAAGAUGGGCUUCAAAUUCACCAUCAUAGACCCUCAAAGGGAGGAUGAGGAGGAGUCGGAUAAGGAGGCAGAGGGACGGAGAGAGGCCCUGGAAAAGAGUGAGCAGCAGUUAGAUAUAUGGCAGCAAAAAGCCAAUGAGGAAAAUGAGAAAGAACCGGCGAUCAGACCCGGCCUGCCUGUAGUCAUCCCCAACAUGGGUUACAUUGAGUCUGAUGCAGAGCAGUGUUUGCGUAUACUCUACCUCCCGGGUGUGCCUGAGGUGAUUGAGAAGCAGCUUCAGCUGCAGGUGGCCUUCCUGCCACCGCAGGACAUCACUCUGAGUGGAGAGGGAGUGUUUCCAAGGAUCAGCCUCGACUUGCCACGAAACCUGGAGGAGCGCUUCAGUGGUGUGGUGCAGCUGGCCAAAACAGCUAUGGCGGCAGAUGGAGCCAGAGAAGACCUUAGGAUUGGAAAUAUCACUGGGGCUGAAGAAAUAACAACAGAGACCCCCCGCACUCUUACAUAUGAAGAGCUGCUUCACAUGGAGGUGGAGGGAGCCCUGGUCAAACAGAAUGCACUCGUUGUAAUGGGUACCCUGCUGGAGCUCGGUGACUCACAAGGUUCCCCCAGAAAGUGGCAAAAACUCAGCAAGUUUGUGCUCCCGGAGUAUGUCUUGGAUUUUGGUUUUGUAAUCCCAGGCAAAGUCCUGAGUCACACUGUAAAUAUCAAAAACUCUGGGUCAGUGGCAGUGUCCUUCUAUGCUAAUCUCAAACGUCUAGCUGGCACAGGUUUCAGUGCAGACUUUGAAAGAGUGAAAAACCUUCCCUGCAGUGAGACACACUCUUUCAAUGUUAAAUUUGACCCCAAAGGAGCCAACCUGAAGAUGGGGGACACAAGUGUUGUCAUGCCAAUACAGGUCACAGGUGGUCCAAUGGUUCACGUGCGGCUGUGUGCAGUGGUGACUCUGCCAACCAUCACUGCUUCCACAGAUACCUUACACUUUGACACUCUACAGUGUGGCAUGUGUCAGAUGAAAGCAAUACAACUGUUCAAUCACGAGUCUGUGUCCUGCUGCUGGAGCAUGGCUGAGGAGGUGAAGCCUUUCAAAAAGGUAGACAAGUUCCUGCCUCUCUACCAGCGUAAAAAGGUCUUGCAGGAGCAGCGACCACCUCCAGUGGUGUUUGAGAUGAUUCCCAGCUCUGGAAUGCUGUCACCUGGUGAACAAGUCAAUGUCCAGAUAAAGUUCAGCCCUGCUGAAGAGCAAGUUUACAACAGGCAGCUUGUCGUCCAUGUGGCUGAGAGCAACCAGCAGGUGUUCAUAAAAGCCCAGGGGCAGGCCGAGGAGCCACAACUGGAGUUCUGUCCGUCAUUGCUGGAGCUGGAGUCUUGUCUGCCUCUCAGCACUGAGUCUGAAGCUGAAGUUAUCGUCAAGAACCCCUGCUCUUUUCCCGUCGAGUUCUACUCCCUGGAGUUCGACAUGCAGUAUCUUGAGGAAGAAAAGAUCCUGCGUCUGAUGCAUGGUUAUGAUGAGAACAACACAUUACUGCUGCCUCCCAGGGCCCCUGGAGAAAGUCUUCCUAUAGAGCUGCUUGACUUCUACAAAGGAUACUGUUCCCAGCUGAAAGAUGAUGCGGAGCCUGAGGCAGACCCAGAUGAAACAAUGACGAGGACUGGUGAAAUACAGGAAGAAGACGGGUGGUCAGAGCAAAACAAUGCUCAACUUUCAGGCAGCAAAGAGGAGGAAAUAGGAAUGUUUGUGAAACCAGCUGAGUUGUUCAUUUCAGAGAUGACCAAAGAGGGAAGCUGUGGGAGGCUGGAGCAGAUACAGAUGACUCCUGUUUCCAGAGCAAUUGCCCGCCACAUGUGCGUUGACCUGUCACCAGAAGGUCUGGCAGCACGCAACUGCAGGGGCAUUGCUAUUAUUGUAUAUGGAGCUCCACUGACAGACAAAAGCAGCACAGCAGCUGCUCUGGCGCAUCACUAUAGAGGGGCAAGUCUGAGUGUUGAUGCAGUGGUAACAGAUGCUUUGAUGAAUGGUACGUCUCCUGUAAGCCUGUCUGCAAGACAACUUUAUGACUCUGCUGCUGCCGAGUAUGCUGAGAGGAAGGCUGAGGAGGCUGCUCAGGCUGUAGAAACAUCAGAUCCAGACCCUAAAUCAACUCCAGCAUCACAUGAUGGAAAACUGACUGAAGACAGCUGUGGAAGAAAUUACUCCAAGGACCCUCAGAAGACUGAAACCUUACACUUAGCUCUUUGCCUGGGAGGAGAUGAGACACUCAGUAGUCUCUUACCUGAACAGCUGCUGGUGGAUAUCCUAGCAGAAAGAUUUCAGCUAAGUGAUUGUUAUCGUGGCAUAGUGAUUGAAGGCCUGAAUUCUCUGUACACUCAGUCAGCAGCAAGCACAGUGCAAGUUGUUCUUAAGGCCCUAAAUAACCGUAAACACAUCUAUGUUGUCAACUUGUCUGACUCCUAUGCUGCUCUGAAGGAACGUGAGAGGGCACAGAGAGAAACUGAGGAGGCUCUGCAGAGAGAGAAGAGUGUCAGGGAGGAGCGGUGGCUGCAGGAGCUUGAUGAGGAGGAGUACGAGGCUCUGCCAGAGAAAGAAAAGGAGCGCAUUGACCAGCAACAAAGAGAGAAGUUAAAACAGCCAAAACUAAGGGAGCUAAACCGAAUAAAGAUGGAACAGGAAGAAAGGAGACUCAAGGAGGAGAUGCAGAGGUUGAGAGAAGAGGAGCUUAAAAAGAAAAACAAAAAGGCUGGGAAGAAGGAUUCAAAAGAAGUGUUUCGAAAGAAAAGCUUGCUGGAGGGAAGGAAGUCAACAGAUACACCAAAUGGGCACAGAAUGUCUUCCUGUCACAACUCCAAAGAGUCUCUGGUGGACCCGAGGGAGCAACAAAGUUUAAAUGAAGUGCAUCAUAUCAAAGAAGGAGAAGACUUAGGAAAACAGACAGUAGAAACCAAAGAAUUACAUACAGAGUCUCCUAAACACACUGACAAGCUGGUAAAAGAAAAGUCGUAUGUGGAUGAGCUGCAGUCUCUGUUCACUGUGUAUGAGCAGAGCCAGGAGCAGGUGGAAUACACUCUACAACACUGGGACCGAACACAGGGCCUGUUGCUGGUCCCAGUGUCAGACGAGACAAUCCCAGAUAAACAUACCCCUGUUGGUAAGAGGAGCAAGAGAGCCAAUAGCAAGACCAUGUCACCAAUGCCAGCAAUGGCUGAAGCAGAAAAGACAGAAGACGGGGUGUCUCUACAGGACAUGAUCCCUCAUAUUGUGCUGAAUGUAACAGGAAAAGACUAUCCAUGUGCCACAGAGCUGCUCAAAGACAACACCCUGCCUCCACUGGUUGAGGUGUUAAAUGAUUUGGGGUUGGGACCCAGUGGCCCACCAAUCCCUCCCCCCACAACCUUCUCUCUAGUACCAUUCCCCAAGAACAGAGAGCAACCAAGCAGUCGACUCACCUCAGACUGUUUCACCUUCCUGGUUCCCCCUGGGCUGGACGAACAGAGCGAGGAGAAGAAAGAUUCAGAGGAAGAUGUACUAGCAAAGGAGGAGACAGCAGGAUCUACCAAAAUUCGUGGCAAGGGCAGCAUUAAGGAGAGCUCAGCAACAAAAGACAAGGAUAAAAAGGGCAGAGAGAGUCAGAGGAGCAAAAGACGAACUUCCGCAAAGACAAAAGCAAAAGCCACACCCUCUCCUCUUUUGCACGUCUCCUCAACAUCUGAGUGCACUGAACAGGACCAACACCAAAGAAACUUAGAACAGAAACGCAGCCAGAGGCAGACAAGAUUUCGCUGGGUGGUACCUGCCAACAGUGAGGUGGUUCUGAAGAUCUGGUUCUACUCAGAGUCCCUGGGGAAAUUUGAGCAGAUUUUCAACUUUGAGCUUCUGGGGAUCCAGAGAAACUACCAGCUGAUCUGCAGGGGGAUUUGCACCUAUCCCUCCAUCUGCAAAGACUACAAAACUCUUUUUGCCUCCAGUCAGAAAGUGCAACAAACAGAAGAGGUUCUCCAGAAGGCAUUUGUUAUCAAACCUAGAUACUUUGAAUUUGGACCGUUACUUUGUGGCAAGACCAGAGACAGGUACAAGGAAAAACGGUAUCCAGAAAACACAGAAAGACUCAUGAUUCAUAAUAACUCAGUUCUGGAGGCUGAAGUCCAGUUCAGUUUCCAGCAUGAUACCCAGGCAACCACAUUUUUGCUGGACCCCCCAGCCAUGACUCUCAAACCUGAGCAGAAGCAGGAGUUAACAGUGUGGGCCUACCCAACAAAAGUUGGACAAAUAAAGGACAACAUAGUGUGCAAUAUCAAGGACAAUCCAGAGCCUGUCAUCAUCAGCCUCUCCUGCUGGGGCGUUCGUCCAGAGCUGGAGCUGGAGCACAAAGAUCUGCACUUUGACAGGAUUCUCACCCACAGGCGGGACAGCCGUAGUUUGACAAUGCACAAUAAAACUGCUCUACCGGUGUAUUGGAGACUGCAGGGUGUGGAGGAAUUGGGUGAUCAGUUUGCUGUGCCACAAGAUCAGGGUGUCAUGUCACCCAACUCCUCUUUCUCUCUGAGCCUGCACUUCAGGGCUCGGAAACCUGUCCUCAUCAAGAAGAUCUUACGGCUGGAGGUGUCUGAUGUGGAGAAGAUUGUCGGGAUCUUACAAACUGAAAACAUACAGGUCUCUGCUGAAGCCUAUGAUAUAACUCUGGACAUCUCACCAGAUGGCUGCUUGAACUUUGGAACCAUCAAAGUCUUUGAAGAGUCCAAAUUGUGUCUCCGGUUAAAAAACAAAGGAAAAUAUGAAAUAGCCUACAAGUUUACAUUUCAGCAGACUGACCCAGCCCAACCAAACCUGGACUCCAUGUUUACAGUGUCCCCUCAGAGUGGAACUCUUUUGCCUCACGAGAAGCCCACCGCUGUGCAGAUUGUCUGCAGACCUACUACAGAGAUCUUACUAAAAGAGCAACCCAUCCUGCCCUGUCAGGUGAUUGAACCCAACAUCGGGAAGGGAGAGAUCAUAACCAUCAUAGCCAAGGUUUCCGUCAGGGCUCUCUUCUCCAGGUGCAAAAUCACACCUGCAUGUGACAUGAACUUCGGACCAGUGGUCUACGGCUGCAAAAAAAGCCAAAGCUUCACCAUCGAGAACAGUGGGGCUUUUGAGACUCGUUUCACAAUCUCCCGCAUGGCCACAGACGCUUCUCCACCUGGAAGGCCAGGGGGUCUUGCUAGGGCGAUGCUUCAAGACAGCCAUUCAGGGAAGCCUUCCGGUGCAAGUCAGAGAGGCAUGAGUCCUACGCAGAGUCGCCUCACUAUGGGGGUGUUCUCGGUGUCCCCAUGCACAGCAAUUCUGCAGCCAGGCUCCCAGCAGGUCGUGACUGUGGACUGCCCGGCUGAUCAGCUGGGAAACUGGAAUCAGUUUUUGUACGUUGACAUCAGUGACCGUGACCACUCAGACCAGCCUGAGGGUAUUCAGUACAGACUGAUGGCAGAGGUCUGCAUGCCAGGCAUAGCUUUAGAUCCAGCCUCCAUCUUUGAAGAACAUCAUCUGUGCACCAACAGCAGCCAGCUCUCCGCUGAGCAGUUCUGUAAUGCUGAAGGAAUUUAUGUCCGAGAUGAGAAUAAGUUUGUUUUCAACAAAGUCCUGGUUGGGAGAACCGCUCAAGCUCGCUUCAAAUUAGCAAACAACGGCAAAGUGCCCUGUGUGCUUAGCUUGGCCAUCAGAUAUGUUGGCGCUAAGACACCACGUACCAUGAAGGUUUUCGAUUUGUUCACUUCAACACUGAGCAUUCCCAGCCAGUCACAUUCAUUUGCAGUGAUCACCUUUAAACCACAGACAAUGCAGCUUUACAGCGCUGUGUUUGAGGUCACGCUAGAGGGAACCAGCAGAAUGACUCCAACGUUCAAGAGCAAGGUGCUGGAGUUUGACCUCAUGGGAGAGGGAAAUCUCCCCAGUGUGUGCGUGGUGUGUCCAGCUCUGAGGAACAACCAAGGGAACCCUAUGCUGCAUUUCAGACGGAUACUGGUGGGGCGCAGACAUACCCUGCCUUUGGUCCUGUUUAAUGAUGGAAAUGUCCCGGCUCAGGUCCACAUUGACAUGCUGGAUAAACACCAAGUGUUCACCCUCAGAGCUGCUUAUGGCAACACUCUGAGCUCCAUUCACUCUAAAGUGCUCGAGGGCACCGCUUCAGAUAAUAAGUUGUUGCACAGAGCCACUCUGACGCUGAAUGUCAACGAGCACGCAGAAUUUGAUCUCAGUUUUUGUGCCGACAAGCCCCUGAGUGUCAAGGCCAAGAUGUCACUGCAGGUGGAGGACAACCAGUACAGCAACACAAUAAUAACAGUGACUGGAGAAGCUUACCAGGAAAUUGUAUCGCUUGACAACAUUAGCAGGUCACUCCAGGAGACGGAUCAGGAGGAUGAGGAGACAGGUUAUUAUGAGGUGCUGAAUUUAGGGGAUUGCCAUGUAGAUUUUCCCCAUCAAGAAAGUUUCACCAUGACCAACCACAGCAGCAGCCAGGUUGUGAGGUUUGAGUGGCCUCCUGCUGGACCCCAUGUUUUUUUGUCACCACAGGUGGGUCACCUUCACGCUGGAUGCUCUAAGGAAGUGACUGUCACCUUCUGCUCCAAUCAGCCAGUGACUCUCACCAGCCAACCAAUGACAUGCAAGCUUUGUCAGGUUGAGUUCCAGCAGCCUCUAGAUCAGGUGGCUGACUGGGACGACCGGCAGAGGACAGUCCAGUGGCUGAGUUCUUCAAGACCAGCUUCAGAAACAUCACAGCUGCCUGUGAAGAAUAAGGUGAUAAAGACAGAUCCAGAGCCCUGCUGCACUGUGGUUGAGGGCUCCCAGUGGCAGUUGGAAUUGCGUAUCAGUGCAGUUUGUGACUAUGUGAAGUUCAGCUGCAACUACGACACCAUCCAUUUCAAAGACACCAUGCUGUAUCAAACCAGGCUUCACCAAUUGCAGAUGAUGAAUCACGGCGAUGUCAAGCUGGACUUCUCCUGGCAAGUCGUAAUGGAUCCAAGAAACACUGGGAACCUUGCCCAAGGAGAUAGGAACCUUACCACUAGACCAGGAAGUAGGUCAGCGGGAGUGGUAAGUGGAGCCCGUCCCUCCAGUGCACUGGCCAGCGUGAUGUCUCUUAUGAUGGGGAAUCCUGAGCUUUCUCCCAUCAGUAUUGAACCCAGGGUGGGGGCCAUACAGCCCGGUGAUACUGAAAACUUCAGCAUUCGCUUUUUACCUUUGGAGGUGUCCCAGUUUCAGGGCAGGCUGCUUUGCAGCAUUCCCAACCUGCAGGAGAGUGAUCAGGCUCCCUGUAUCUUGGUGUGUGGCCACAGCCUGUUUCCUCACUACCACUUUGACCUGGAGGACUCAGACUACAUAACCCGCCGCAACCCUGAAUUCAGGGCACAUCUGGAACCAAACAUCAGGGUCCUAGAGUUAAAUGCUAUUGGCUUCUCUGCCCCAUCAACAAGAUGCUUUACUGUCAUGAACCCAACCAGUAAGCCUUAUUCAUUCAAGUGGAGGUGUGAAGACACAGGUGACAGUCUGUUCCGCUGCCUCACCCCGUGUCGAACCAUCCUACCGGGGAAGACAAUGGAAGUCUGUUUCGAAUAUGUAGCUGAGCAGCUGGAUGUGGUGGAGUCGUUCUGGAGCUUUGUGAUAGAGACUCCAUCAUUGUCUGUCCCCUUCCUGUGUGUUGGCGCCACCAGAGAACCAAUCGUCUAUCUUGACAGACCUCACCUUGACUUUGGGGAACUGCUUGUUGGCCGUAAAGGGGAACAGACAGUUAAUCUGGUGAAUGGAGAGGAGGAGCCCUUCCAUUUCUCGAUUGUGCAGUCAUCUCUUGUCUGUGAAGAUCAGGAGUCCACCCUCGUUUUGCAACCAGUGACGGGCACAUUAGCACCCAAAGCCAGAUUGCCUUUGUCAGUGUCCUUCACACCAUGCCGGGAGGGCUGUGUGAGCUUCAGAUUGGUGCUGAGGGUGAAGAGGAAGUCAGAGCCACUCACAUUCACAGUUAAGGCCAGUUGUUUCACCAUUUCAGUUCAAGUUGGGAGGCCAGGUGGCGGUUUCAGAGAGACCAAAGCUAACCACCAAGACACUGUGGACUUUGGAGAGGUGGAGAUUUUGGAGCAAUCUGCUUUGAACUUCUUGGUGUCCCAUCCAGCAAGAUUCAGCCUUGGGAUGACAUUUGACCUGUCAGGCCCCAGCGAGCUGCUUCAACACUUAGAGGCGAAACCUCAAAAUGCUACUCUUGAGUUUGGGAAACAGUUGCAGACAUCACUUAUCUUCUGCCCGCGGAACAUUUGUAACCUUGAGGAUGUCAGACUGAGUAUCAAGGUAAAGCACGGGCCAACGUUUCCCUUUGUCAUCAAAGGCAGAGCUGUAGCAUCUAGCCUUCAAUUUUCCUUCACCAAGUACAACUUUGGAAAGUGCUUCCUGUACUGUCCUGACACAAAGCCGACAUCACAGACUCUAGUGAUCAGCAACAAAGGCGAAAGGGACAUCAGUGUCCAGUGCCAGUUCAAGAACACCUCUUGCCUGGAGGUAGACUUUAAACCAGACAUUCUGUCACCUGGUGCCGUGAUGGAGGUACCCGUCAGGUUCUAUCCCCGUGAGGUCUGUGGUUACCAUGAAAAACUCACUUUCACCUUGAACAGUGGUGUCAUGAAACAGGUGGACAUACUGGGGCAAGGUGUUGAGAGGAAGCUGGAGGUGGAGGAUCCCAGGCAGAGGAAAGUGAAACUAGGAUCUCUGAUGAUUGGUCAGAAGGUGAAGAAACAAGUGGUUCUGGUGAACCGUAGCCCUCUAGGCCUUUCCUUUACUCUGCUGCUCAACACAAACACCACAUUGGAUCAAAAGGAUCUGUCAUUCAGUCCUACAGGUGAGGUGAGCCUGAAAGCAAAAGGUGGCUCAUGUAUUGUUGAAAUCCAGUUCUCACCUCGCCAGCACGUACCAGCCUUCAGUGCAGAGUUACAGGCCCAGUUUCCAGGCCUGUUUCACCCCCUGCUGACGAUCCAAGGCUGCUGCAAGGUCGUGGAGGUCCAGCUGGACCAGGAUCACCUAGCCUUUGGAGCUGUUGUCCAGGGCAGCCAGGCCAGGAAGAAGAUUGUUAUGAUGAACACUGGGGACAUUGGUGCCAGAUUCCAGUGGAAAACCGACACUUUUCCUCCAGAGUUAUCCAUUGCACCUGCUAAAGGCUACAUCUCUCCUGACAAGGAGGUUCCUUUUGAAGUGACUUUUUCUCCUGUGGAACUGAGUAAUGACACAAGAUUUGAGAAUGUGUCAUGCAAUGUGGAGGGUUUCUCCUCACCAAUUACCCUCACUGUGACAGGCUCCUGUAUCGUACCAUCCACUGGCAAAGAGGUGGUGAAUUUUUUUUGCCCAGUACGAAGCUCUUACACUCAGACCCUGCCUGUGUUCAACCCAGCAAACCAGGCUUGCAGCAUAAGACCUGUCAUCGAGGGCGAGCAGUGGAGUGCUGAGCCCUCCGUUAACUUUGAACCCCUCCAAAACAAGGCAUACAAGAUCACAUACAAACCACUGACCAUGACUGCUGAUAAAAAGAAACAUCAGGGAUCAGUCUUUUUCUCUUUCCCUGAUGGGAGCGGCAUGCUCUACUCCCUGCAGGGCACUGCUGAGCCUCCUAAGGCAGAGGACACAAUUCUGCAUGAGCUGCCUGCCAAGACUCACCACACACAGAUUAUUCCUGUAGACAACUGGCUCCCCAAGCAACAGCGGUUCCGUGUGCUGCUGGAAAUCCUAAAACCUGACAAGACAGAUGCUACAGCAUCCCUCAAGGGUUUAGAAUACAUUGAUGUCCCCGCUUUGGCCAGAAGAGACUACAAGAUGUCUUUUUUUACAUACAAGGAGGGGCAGUGUAAUACCAAGGUGACGUUUCAGAACACAACAUCCGGCGAGUAUUUGUUUUACCUUGUUACCUUCAAGGUUACUUCUCCAGGAGUGCUAUCAACCAUAGAGCUGGAGACAGCUGUCCGUAGAACAGUCUCAGGCACUGUGCAGGUGGAGAACCCUCUCACCACUGCUACCUGCCUCAGCACUGAGUGUAACUGUCCCGAUAUCAGCGCCCCAACUCAGCACACUGUGCCAGGACAGUCCAAGAGUUCUCUAAGCUUUGAGUACCUGCCUCUGCGUGCAGGUGAGUCUACAGCUCGGCUCACUCUGAACUGUAAUGAUCUGGGCCACUUCCACUACGAUCUGGUCCUCAGAGCUCUGCCCCCGCCACCAGAGAAAACUGUCCACUUCAGCACUUCUUUGGGCAGCAGCCACUCUGUUCUUAUUAAAUUCAUCAACUACUCUCGCUUCAGAACGGAGUACUCAUGCAAGACUGAUUGCCCAGACUUCACUGUAGAUGAGAGUGUGGGUGCUUCUCCAGGUUCCCAGGCAGGGUCAGAGGCCAGCGUCGAGGUUUGUUUUGAGCCUCACCAGGUGGGGGAAGUGAGAGGCCAGCUCAGCCUGUCCUCAGGAGUUGGUGGAGAAUACAUCUUCCGCUUGCAUGGGAUCUGCCUUCCUCCCAAACCCCAGGGCCCGUUUAGCAUCAGGGCAGGUCGCAACAUUACUAUCCCCUUCAAGAAUGUUUUCCUGCAGACCACUGCUUUUUCUUUUCAGGUUGACAAUCCCAGCUUCACUGUCAAAGGAGUGGACACCAUCCUCUCCAAGAAGACCUACAACAUCCUGAUCUCUUUUGAUGCCUCUUCUGCAGGGCCAUGGUUUGGCAAGCUGACCAUCUCCAGCCAGCGCUCUGAAGGACACAAAAAACCUUGCUCUUGGGUCUAUUACCUGAGUGGCCACCGUCCAGAGUCAGCCUAAAGAGAUGUUAACACACCAACGCACAUACAGUUGACUGUGCAGACACAAAUUCAAUGAAAAACAGUUGCCAAAAGAGAGCCACACAAUCCACCAUACGGACGGUAGUCAUCAUUGUGGAAAUAAUUUUUCUGAUACUUUAGUGUAAUGCAUUUAUGGUUCAUUUAUUAUUAUACAAUUUUUAAAGCCGAAACAACAAGCCAAACUUGCUUUGUAUGUAUUUAUUUAGGCUGGUAAGAUUUUCUUUUUUUUGUUUUUAAAUUCCUAAUAAAACUUUGAAUGAACUCAAUAAAUAAAGACAAUAAUUGCAA